UCUGACUCUCUCUCUCUCUCUCCCUCUCCCUGCUCUCUCUCCCCCUUUCUUAAAUUGACAUUGGUCUGGCUCGGAACAUGAUAACAGAAAAGCCUUCCUCCGCUCCGCGCUGUCGGGCUGCCCUCAACCCCGAUCACUUGAAACUCAAAUAAGCAGGCGUGAAGAAGAAAGCAGGGGAUCGCACAGUGUCCUAUCAGCGGGGAAUACCACGAGACCCUUAUACCAUCACACGCACACACACAUACACACACACACACCCUUUCAUAUGCUCUUUGCGCAUCGCAGAUCUUUAGAAAGUGCUCGUGUUCAACUGCAGUGAAAGUUAACAUGUAUAUGCACGCUUUGAUACGCGCGAGCCUUGGAUUUGUAGGUUUCUGCUUGGUCGCCUUUGUCCAACAGUCUGCUUCAGGAAGUAAGACCACUCAAGACGUGGACGAGUGUGCAGAGGCGCUUGACAACUGCAGCAUCGAUGCCAUCUGCCAGAACACCCUGAGGUCAUACAAAUGUAUCUGCAAGUCGGGAUAUAAAGGAGACGGCAAACAUUGUGAAGAUGUCGACGAGUGUGCGACUGAAUACAACGGCGGCUGUGUCCACGAGUGCAUCAACAUUCCCGGAAAUUACAGGUGCACAUGCUAUGAUGGCUUCCGCUUGGCACAUGAUGGGCACAAUUGUCUAGAUGUGGAUGAGUGCUCAGAAGGCAACGGCGGAUGCCAGCAGAUUUGUGUCAACAUGAUGGGCAGCUACGAGUGCCGCUGCAGAGAAGGAUUCCUCCUGAGUGACAACCAGCAUACUUGCAUCCAAAGGCCUAAAGUGCAACUCGACAGCGCAAAGGAGGGACCCACCUGCAUGGACAAGAAUCACGGCUGUGCUCACAUCUGCAGAGAAACACAGAAGGGUGGCAUCUCCUGCGAGUGUCGACCUGGAUUCCAGCUCACCCGUAACAUGAAGGACUGCAAAUUGACGUGUAACUACGGUAACGGGGGUUGCCAGCAUAUCUGCGAGGAGACAGACCAUGGCCCCAAGUGUUCGUGCCACAUGAAGUUCGUCCUGCACAGCGAUGGAAAGACUUGUGUAGGGGAGAGGAGUGUCCAGUCCCAGGCAGCCCCACAGCUGUUCCCCAAUGAGACCUGUGCAGUGAACAAUGGCGGCUGUGAUAGCACUUGUCAUGAUUCAGUGACAGGAGUCCGCUGCAGCUGUCCCGUUGGCUUCACUCUGCAGCCAGACCGAAAGACCUGCAAAGACAUCGAUGAGUGCAGGCUUAACAACGGUGGAUGUGACCACGUGUGCCGAAACACAGUGGGCAGCUUCGAGUGCAGCUGCAAGAAAGGCUACAAGCUGCUGACCAAUGAGAGAACUUGUCAAGACAUUGAUGAGUGCUCUUUUGAUCGCGCCUGUGACCACUUUUGUGUCAACUCUGCCGGCAGUUUCCAGUGUCUCUGUCAUAAAGGCUACGUCCUCUACGGCCUGGCACACUGUGGAGAUAUUGAUGAAUGCAGUAUAAACCGUGGAGGCUGUAAAUAUGGCUGCGUAAACAGUCAGGGGAGCUACGAUUGUACCUGUCCACCAGGUCACAAGCUGCACUGGAACAGAAAGGACUGUAUUGAGCUGGUGAAAUGUCCUCCAGGACUUUUAGCCCCGAAGGCGACUCUGACCUGCAGCAAAACGGGGAAAAAAGAGAGCUGCUCGCUGACCUGUGCCUCCAAGGCUCACUAUCUGGCAGAGUCUGAUAACAGCUACUCUGUCAGCUGUGGUAUCCCAAUCCUCAGAGGGAAGUCCCCCGCCAGGUUCAACUCCAGCAGCAGUCAGAGCUGCAUAGAGACUUUGGCCCCUCCAGUGAAGCAGACGGCUUCUUUCAAGAUUAAAAACGCCAAAUGUCACCUGCACCCGAAGCUGACCGGCAGGACGGAGGACAGAGGAAGGACACUCGGGCCAGGAGGUGGGCAGCCGUGCAGUAACUGCCUGGUGACGUUUGUGAACCUCAAAUGUGACUCCUCCAAGAAAGCUAAAGGACGGCGAGCACGAAAUCCCUCCAACAAAGAGGUGACACGUAUCACUUUGGAGCUGGAGGCGGAGGUCAAACCUGGAGACACUACAGGCAGUUGUAAUCUCAGCUGCCUGAGACAGCGCAUGGAGAAGCAGGUGAAGACGUACAUCAAGGCUCUGAAGAAGUCCAUCAACCAGGAGCGCUUCCUGAUCCGAGUCGCUGGGUUGGAAUACGAGGUGGCUCAAAAACUUCCCCAAGCUGCUCCCAACCUUGAGAACUGUGGGCCGGGCUGGGAGAGGGAAAGCGGCCGAUGUGUUAGAUGCUUGUCGGGGUCGUACUACCAUGGCGAGCAGGAGCGAUGCGUUCAGUGUCCGCCAGGAACUUUCCAGGAGAAGGAGGGGCAGCUGGCCUGCGACCUCUGUCCCGGCACUGACGGCCACGGGCCUGUUGGAGCACGGAACAUCUCCUUCUGUGCAGGUCAGUGUCCCACAGGGUAUUUCUCCAGUGAUGGCUUCAAACCUUGCCAGCCGUGCCCUCAGGGUGCCUACCAGCCAGAUUCUGGAAGGACCCUGUGCUUCCCCUGUGGGGGGGGACUGGGCACCAAGAGGGAAGGUGCCAGCUCCUUCCAUGACUGUGAAGUCAAAGUUCAGUGUUCUCCAGGUCAUUACUACAACACCACAGUGCACCGGUGUAUCCGCUGCCCUGUGGGGACCUAUCAGACAGAGUUCAGACAGAAUUACUGCAUCACCUGCCCGGGGAACACCACCACUGACUUUGACGGUGCCACAAGUGUCUCGCAGUGCAAGAACAGGCAAUGUGGUGGUGAGAUGGGCGAAUUCAUGGGCUACAUUGAGUCACCUAACUAUCCCGGUAAUUAUCCUGCUAAUGUGGAAUGCAUUUGGAACAUCAACCCGCCCAGCAAGCGCAAAAUCCUCAUUGUGGUGCCAGAGAUUUUCCUACCCUCUGAGGAUGAGUGUGGAGACGUGCUGGUUAUGAGGAAGAACUGGUCGGCUACAUCCAUCACCACCUACGAGACGUGUCAGACAUACGAGCGGCCCAUCGCCUUCACAGCUCGCUCCAGGCGGCUCUGGAUUAACUUCAAGUCCAAUGAAGCCAACAGUGCCCGGGGCUUUCAGAUCCCCUAUGUCACUUAUGAUGAGGACUAUGAGCAGCUGGUGGAGGACAUUGUCCGAGAUGGAAGACUCUAUGCCUCUGAAAACCAUCAAGAAAUCCUAAAGGAUAAAAAACUGAUUAAGACUCUUUUUGACGUGCUGGCUCACCCAAACAACUACUUUAAGUACACCACUCGGGAGUCCAACGAGAUGCUUCCUCGCUCCUUCAUCCGUCUCAUAAGCAGCAAAGUCUCCGCCUUCCUGCGACCUUACAAGUAACGCUCACACAGCUGCUGUUGAAGCACCAGAUUUUGUGUGUGUGUGUGCGUGUGUGUUUGUGUGUGUGUGUGCGUGUGUGUGUGUCCCCUCCCUUCCCUGACAUUCCUCUCAGCCACCCCCAUAUACCCUCCAGAUUUCAUCCCGAAACUCUCACAGGACUUCAAAAAAUGUCACAUUUACCUUCUUUUAUAUUUCCAUAGGCUUUGACAAUAAACACUAUGCAGGCCUGAGAAAUACUGAAAAUCAUAUGUGCUUUUAGGUUAUCAGUUUUUAUUCAGCGCGGGUCUGCAGCUCAAACACUUGGCAGGGAUGUAGAGUUUUUGAGUGGGCUUGCCUUGUGCAAUGAAACCACAACAAAAAAUAAACAAAAGAAACGCCCAUUCCAGGCGGUAGGAGUGGUGUUUUGUGCGUGCAGCCUGAUACAGCUUGUUAUUGUAUUCGUCUAAAUGAGCAGUCUGAGUUCCAGCCUGACUCCUACCAUUUUGAAUGACUGUGUGUGUUGUGUAAGUGUUGUGUAACCCUGGUUCCAUCCUCUACAUUUGUGUGCUGUCCUCGAGGAGGAGCAGUUGUUAGAUUAAUGUCGCAGCUGCUAUCCACAUCAGUCAAAGCCUUACUAUAUUUGAGCUCUUAGAGCCGUUUCCAGGGGUUUUACUGUUAAAACAGUUACUCUUUGUCUUGCUCCGUCUGUCUAGACUGUACCAGCGUUUUCCGACAUACAGAUAAUAGCUGUUGCUUGCUGUUCCCCCCCCCCCACAAUUUAACAUGAAGCAAAUACAAAAAAAGGUGGCUUAACAUUCCAGGAACAUAGUGGACAUUUGGGAGAUGAAUGGAAACCAAUAAUUGUGGAGCCACAGAAAUGAGAUAAUGUGAUGUCUAGUGGAACAUGUCUCUAAGAGAGAGAGAGAGAGAGAGAGAGAGAGAGAGAGAGAGAGAAAUGUCUUUGAGGGACAUUAUGUUUGCUGCUUCUUUUAAAAGGUCACUUUAAUGUUUCAAUCUCAUUGUCUUUCUGAUGUACUCUACACACUAAUAGUCUUUAGGUUCAGAGCAUCUUUAGUUCUUAAACACAGUACAUUGUUAAUCUCAUAUUGCCUGUCACUGGACAUCCAGUUUUAUCUUCUUUUUUUCAAUCUUGUAAAUAAUGAAAAUAAAUUAGACGAGGGUUGAAUUUUUGAUCCUAAUUUUGUUAAGCAGGACCCCCUCCAAACAGAAAAUCCCUUUAUGCCCCUUAUGUCUCACCCGUCUCAAUCCCAAGACCCGACACCAGACCCGUUCUGUCCCAAUAAAGACAGCUCUUCCAAAGACCGCCUGGGAGGGCGGUUCACUUUGCUUUGUGCACUGAACUAAGAACAUGUCAUCCUACCUAAGUAGUCUACAAAGUGCAAUGUCUGAUAAUAACACACCUUAGUUUUGGUUACACCCUACUAUGACCCACUACAAAGCUUGCAAAAUAGAUGGGACUCAUGGCUCAAAGUUUUAACAGUCAUGCUGAGGAAGAGGUCCUUCUCUUAUUCAGAGGGAGAAAAAAUCUGUCUGUCAAAAAAAUAAAGUAACAAAAAUUUGGUAUGUAGAAAGAAUUUGAUUUAAAAACAGGGUACAUGAGUAAAGUUCAGUGAAAACAAUUAGCUUCAUGUGGGGAUCUGAAAAAAAUAUAGUUACAAAGAAUAGUUUAGUAGUUUGCAUAUUUCAUUUCAUGCCGUCAGCUAAAUAAGAUUAAUAUCACUCACAUCUAGACGGUAAAUACUUUGCCCUGGCCGUGAGAUAGUAAGCGUAGCACAAAGACUGGAAACAGCGAGCAUGGUUCAGUCGUACAGAUCGCUAAAUCUGCACAUUUAAAGCGACACAAUCAACAAAUUACAUCUUGAUUGUUUAAUCAGAGCAAAAGGUCAAAUGUAACUCCAGAUGUUGCAGCUUUACUUUAGAGGUUGUCGUGUGUUGCAUGCUUGAUUGUUUUGUCCCUGCUCAAAUGAAUUCAAACUGUUAUGAUUGGUUAAUAAUACUGGGCUGGGAUUGGCUAAGAAAAACAAAUGGGUCAACACAAGAAUCUGAGCAAGGAAAUGAUCGAGUAUUUCCUUUGUAUUGACUUAUUUUAACCUGACUCCAGUACAUGGUCCAUGUUAUGAAACGUUUGGUUAGGGUUGGUAUGAAAACCAUUUGUCAAGUUUACACACAAAAAAAAAAAAGUCACUUUUUACGUGGGAUCUGAUCUGCGGUCUCUUGGGUGAAAUAGAGAAAGGCGUUCUGAAGUCUGAAAUAAAAACUUUAAGGCAACGUGUCAUCUCAGCACAGUAGAGGAAUGAGGGGGAACCCUCACACUAUUUCUUGGCUGAGCAAAGUGCCUUUGCUGAGUCUCCUCAGAAGUGACAACAGAAGUACUCUCAGCAAGAAUGUAAAAAAUUAUUUCCCAUUAUUAAGAGGCUAUUCUGUUGAAAGUCAUUUUCAGACCCGCCCCCAAUUUUUUUAACAACUAGAAUCCCGCCUACUUCACCUGUAUAUCCUCCCAAAACUUCCAUUCUGAUAUUUAAUUAAGCUAUCAAGGACAAUUUAUCCCCCCCCCCCUUCCCAUGUAAAUAAAAACAAGUGAUUUGGUACACUUAUUACUGUGUACCAAACAGUGUUUUAAAAAUCCAGACUAAAGAUGGACACCAAAAGGGGGGUCUGACCCUGUUGUCAAACAUGUGGGCGAUUCUGGGCCAACCACAAAGAAUUUAAUCCAGAUUCAAAUCCUCUUUAUUCAUUUUGCUAACUUCACUCUCAGUUUUAAGUACAUCUAAUAUCAUAUACAGUAUAUUCAUGCAAACAGGGAGCAUCCCAGGGUGCUCAUACGGUCCGCCAACCCCCCACCACCAGAAUCAGCUUCUGUCCUGCGACCUGUUUAUUGUUGUUUUUUUUUUUGUUGCCUUUUAACGAGAGUUUGCUAUGAUGUAUCAUAGAGUUGAUAAUGAUAUUUGCACUUGAAUUGUUAUUGCUCAUGUAAAGAAAAAUGUCUGGAUUUUUGUAUUGUCUUUUUAAAUGAAUGGAAUUGUUUUUUUUUUUUUCUUAUUUUUCUUGUAGCUUGUUUGUUUCAUGAAAUGCUCACUCACCGUUUAGUCUAUAGAGAUGAUACACAUAACAUUAUUGCCUGUAAGAAAAAGAAAACUGUGUACAGAGGUGAAUGAAACAAGUGUGAACUUGUUACUGCCCAAAAACACUUUAUCGAAAUAAACAUACUGUGCUUCAGCUCCA